AAACUUUACUGGCAGCCUGUUUUUGCAAAAAAAAACAUUACAAUAUAUAAACGCAAAAGUACACAACUUUCCACCAAGACAAAAAAAUUUGAGAGAUUUAUAUCGCUAAAGCUAAUUUGUUGAAAUAUGAUACUCAUAAAUAAAAAAAAAGAUGUGCUGUAACUAAAUACGGGAAAUGCUAGCCAAAUGUACAAUUAACAGAGGAAAGCAACAACGAAACUAACUGAGCAUAGUUCAAAUAUUCUUUGGAGCUGGAUGCUCAGCUGAUUCAGGCGCAACCAACUGAUUUCUAAACACAUAAUUUCCACCGAUAUUAAACUUUUAAGCGGACAACUUUACAAUAAAUACUUGUAUAAAUUAGCUUUACAAGAAAUACACCUUGCUCAAAAUGACUAAUCACUCGGAUCUGGUGAAAUUGCAAAAUGGCAGUUCAGCACACAAAGUUUUAAUUGUGACUGGCCUCGAUAAAACGAAACCACCGAAACCACUUGGCGAAAGCAAAAGAGCAGUACUGCGGCAGGAACUGAUGGUCAUCCUUGGAAACACUUGUGUGGUAGCAGCUGGCAUGUCUGCGGCAUUGCCUUCCGUAUCUCUUGCACAACUAACAAAUCCAAAUGAUAUUUAUAAUCUUAAUACCGAGGAGAGUAGUUGGUUUGCAUCAAUUAAUAGCAUGGCCUGCCCGAUUGGCGGUUUGAUGGUGGGCUAUCUUAUGGAUCGCAUUGGGCGUAAGAAUACAAUGCUAUGUACGAAUUUCGUUGGCAUUAUCGGGUUGGUACUGCUGGCUACUGCACCUUACCAAAGCACUCGUGAUGCCAUUUACAUACAAUUGCUCAUGGGACGAUUUUUUUGUGGUCUAUUGAUCGGUUUAUGUCUGUCACCGAUUGGUUCCUAUGCGGCUGAGAUCAGUCUGCCACGUAUACGAGGACGACUCAUUAUGGGCACAUCAAUUGCCAUCGCUAGCGGGAUACUACUAAUGUAUUUAUUGGGCUACUUCAUACGAAACAACUUCAAACUGAUCUCCAUUAUUUCGGUUGUUUAUCAAUGUUUUGCCUUCUGUUGCUGUUUGCCGAUGCCCGAAUCGCCUAGUUGGCUGAUGCAGAAAGGCUAUGAGGAACGUGCACGUAAAUCGCUUAAAUAUUUUCGUGGUCUAUCGAGUAAAGAUAACAAAAUCUACGAGGAGUUUGAAAAUGAGUUGGCUCUCAUCAAAAAGAAUUCGGACCUCAGCCGCACAGCAGCCGCUAAUGAGUCCCUGCUGCAAGCCAUACGCGCGCCCGAAGUCUACAAACCUCUAAUAAUGAUGAUCGGUUUCUUCUUCUUCCAGCAGUGUUCGGGCAUCGUCGUUGUUAUUGUAUUCGCCGCUCAAAUUGCGACACGCGCUGGCGUCGCCGCGGAUCCGCUGCUUGUGGCCGUGUUCGUCGGUGUCGCACGCAUUAUUACCACAUUUUUUAUGGGCAUGAUUUUCGAUAGGUGGGGUCGCCGUCCAGCGGGUAUAGUCUCAGCGACUGGCAUGACCAUUUGUAUGCUGCUGCUUGCCGCCAAUGGCUGGUGGCCAGUUAUAGGUGAGCACCUGCCACUGCUGUCCGCCAUUUGCAUUAUUCUGCACAUAAUCUUCUCGACAAUGGGAUUGUUAACUUUGCCAUUCUUUAUGAUCUCGGAGGUAUUUCCUCAGCGCGUACGUGGCAGCGCCAAUGGGUGUACACUUUGCAUUGGUCUCUUCUUCUCCUUCAGUGUCGUUAAGCUUUAUCCCACCAUGGAAGCUGCGAUAGGCACUGCAAAUAGUUUCGCCUUCUUCGGCAUGAUUUCGCUAUUGGGUGUGGCGUUUAUCGUUUUCAUUGUGCCAGAGACGAAAGGUCGUACCCUAUUGGAGAUUGAGGAGUACUUCCGCACCGGCCGGCGUGUGACCAACGCUGAGGUGGCGCGGCGGCAAUCGCAGAUAGCGCUGGAGGAGGCGGCGGGAAUUUAUCGUUCAGAUGUAGAACUAAAUGAAGUAUUCUUAAAAUUAAGUAAAGUUGAUGAGGCAGACGAUAGAAAUGCAAACGAGAAAGAAUGAAAAUAACGUAGUGUGGGUAGAAACUGCGCCAAAGAAUUUAUUUUCUUCACACUUGUUUGAAUUUGGAUUUUUACGCCAUACUUUUCGUAGGAAUAAGAAAUGUACUUAAAGUAAUUACGUAUUAAAUAAUUAGACUGUGAUGAAUGUAUUUAAAUAUGUAAGGGGCUGAAAUCAAAGGAUAAAGCAGCUCAAAACAAACGGUACUCUGAUAAAGGUACAAAGUAAUGAAUACAUGAAUAGACGAUUUUCCUAGAAGUGCGAAAGCAGCA